AUGGGAAAGAAGCUGGAAAUAUCGAAAACUCCUGAAGAAAAGCUAACAGAAAAUGAAAUGACAAUUAAUGAAUGCGCUUUAAAUUCUUCUGAUAAGGCAACUGAUACAAUAUUUCAUGCACUUUGUGAAUGUCUUGCCUUAAGUAGAAUUAUAUAUGAAGAGAAAGAUUGGCAUAAUGCUCAAUAUUACUGCUGUCUUGGUUACUUUUAUAUAACGUACAAAGGUCAUAAGUAUGCAUUACAAGCUGAAAGUCAUGCAGAGAAGGCUGUCAAACUGUUAUCGCAUACAUUGAACUCAGUUAGUGAAGAGUCUACAAAUGAUUAUCAUAGCAAUAAUAAUUUCAUUAUCUCUUGUCUGAUUCUACUGAGUUAUUAUACACUGGCAAAAUCUAAAUCAAUUCAACAAAAAAAAAAAGAAGCGCUCAGUUUAAUCAACCAAACUGAGAAAGCACUAUACAAAGCUGAAAAACAAUUUGAUUUAAUUCAAAAUGCCAAACAUUUUACUGGAAGUAUUGAUGAUCACAACAAAACUUCAGAGGAUUCAAAGAAAAUUCUGGAAGAUUAUUAUGAACAGUGGGAUCACUGUAAUUUACUCAGACUUGACAAGAAUUUUUUCCCAAAUUUAUUUCGUCUAAAAUUACGUAUUUAUAACUUGCAUGGAAAAAUUGCAUGUGAAAAUGAAAAAUUUGAAUUGUCUUAUGAAAAUUACUUAAAAGCAUUAAAACUUAUUGAAGAGAAAUAUGAUGCAGAAAGCAAGGAAACAAUACCCAUUUAUCAAGCUCUUGGCCGAGUUGAAGAAUAUAGAAAAGGGGAUGGUUAUGGUGACAAAGCCAUAUCACACUUUCAAAAAGCAUAUGAAAUUUCUAAAAGGAUCUUCAAUGAGAAAAGUGAUGUUCAGAAUUUAUUAGAACUAACGCGUUCAGUUUACUUAUUAUGCACAGCCUGUGUGAAACUCAAUUCGAAGAUGAACAAAGUUGAAGAAUUACUCGGGGAAACUUUACAAGCUAUAGCUACAUUUUCUGUAACAAAUAAUCAACAUUCGAAUGACAACUCAACUGAUAAUGUUAUCACUGAAUCUAUGGAUUUACCACCUACAACAGAUGAAUCGCCUUUAAAUCAUCAUGAUUCGACAGAUCAUUUCGUUAAUAUAAAUAAUAAAUAUUCGAAUGAAACUGUUAUCAAAUUAACAUGUACCUUGCGUUCAUUAUUAGUGAAAAUAUACAUUAAACAAAACCAUUUUCAAGAGGCAUUAUACCUACUACAAGAAAAUUUGAAUAUUCAAGAGGAUAUAUAUGGAAUGUAUAAUGCAGAUGUCAUAAAAACACGUCAGUUGAUCUUGUCCAUUCAUAUGGUUCAAGGGAAUUUCUCUGAAGCAGUCAGCCAAGCAGAAUUGUGCCUUAGUCUUGAGGAAUUUACUUUUGGUGUCAAAUCGAAACAAGUAAAGAAAACUAAGGAAAUUUUAGAAGCCUUAUCAAGUUACAAGAAGAGUGGACAAAUUUCAAAUUCGACCCACUAAAUCAGAAGAUAACAUGGCAA